AUGUAUGUAGCCCAUGCCAUUGCCACGAAUGAGACCUAUCGACUGGGUGUAGAACAGAUCAUUUGGUACGAUGCCACUUUGCUCCCUUCCGGAGGCGACGGAGAUCUGUUCCACGAGUACUCCGACGAGAGCGACGAACAAUUCCCUGAGGAGAUAGCCGCCGAAGCCCAAGAAAGCUUUGCCUGGUUUCCCAAACCCUUGCCGGGAUAUCAAUGGGCAGUGACCUCGCCUUGGGAUGGCGACGACGCUGUGGAGGAAGACAAGAGCUUAUGGCAUGGUUUUCGAAUCGUCACAAAGGUCCUAGCUGAAGAGAAGCACAACGUUACGGAACUGAUGCUUGACGCUUAUCAGCUGAAUACUGGCAUCAAUCACUUCGCCCUGAACCGAGGAACGGAAGAAUACGACAAUUUCUGCGACAUAGUAAGACGUCCCGGUUUCCAGAAGCUUCAUUCACUUCUUGUUGGUUUCUAUCUCGCCGAAAAAUAUGAGAUAUAUGACAAAGGAUACCUACACGAUGCCCUUUGUGGAGCAACCGAUAUGAGGCAUUUUAGUUUCCAUACGGACUUUGCCACGAAUCGGCAUUCUUUGACAAUUGACAUGUAUAAAUACACGUCGCUAUUCGACGUCUUUCCCAUCGACCGAUGGCAGCAGCUCACGCACUUCGGGCUAUCAAACGUACUGGUAGCAAAAUCAGAUCUUAUCACUUUCCUGUCAAAGUUGCCGCCAACAGUGCAAACUGUUGAGCUGAGCUUUCUCACUUUUAUGGAAGGUGACGGCCACUAUAUAAGCUUAAUGGAAGAUAUCCGCGAUAAGCUCGAUUGGAAACACCGACCUCUUGAGGGAAGGAUCAAGAUUUUAGCCAAGAUCUUUUGUUAUCUAUCGUACUGUGGCCGAUAUAUUUGUGUUGACAAGGAGGUCGAAGAAUUUGUAUACAACGACGGACCCCAACCGUUCCAGCUUAGGCAGCGCGGUAACAGCUCUGACGUUGAUCCGGGUACCGGCGUGCUAAAAGACUUGUUCAAUCCGGCUUGGGAAUGA